UUCACCCAAAAAUAUUAUACUCCCUCAGUCCGCUAUAUUUAUGUGCUCACUUCCAAUGAGGUUGAUGCCAACUUGCCUUCAACUACAUAUUUAUACUCCAAACUUGCAGCAAAUUGGAUUCAACUCACAGUUCGACAUUUAAGCCUAUGGAUAAUAGUGAUUCCUCAUUUUCGGUUAUCCUCUUUUCAUCUCUCAUAUUUCUCGCAAUCCUAUGGAAGGUAAUAAAGGGCGCCAAACACGCCCGCCGUUUUGUCAAUCUUCCGCCGGGGCCAAGAAAGUUGCCCGUCAUCGGCAACCUACACCACACUCUUAGUUCGCGACCAAUCCAUCACACUUUUGCCGACUUGGCAAAAAAAUACGGGCCGAUAAUGCACUUGCAGCUAGGCGAAGUCAGCAUGGCGAUUGUGUCGUCACCCGACGCAGCAAAAGAGGUCUUGAAGACGCAUGACAUCAGCUUCGCUAGCAGGCCAUCCAGCGCGGCAGCGAAGAUUUUAUCAUAUAAUUAUUCUAACAUAGGAUUCGCGCCGUAUGGGGAAUACUGGAGACAGUUGCGAAAAAUUUGCACAAUAGAGCUGCUGAGCGCAAAGCGUGUCCAAUCUUAUCGCCCCUUAAGGGAAGAAGUGUUUUUCGAUAUGUGCAGUCGGAUAGCUUCGAAAGAAGGCUCGUCGAUCAAUUUGACUGAGAGAGUUUCCUUGGCGAUUUGCGACAUAGUUUUUCGGGCAGCGCUUGGCAAUACGAUUGAUGAACACUCGGCAUUUGUAUCCAUAGUGAAAGAACUUUUCGCCGUAGCUGGAGGAGUUUCUGUCGGCGAUUUGUUUCCCUCGAGCACUCUGGUUCAAGCGAUUGGGGGAUUUAUAAGCCGCGUGGAGAAGGUGCACAAACGGUCGGAGAGGAUACUUCAGAAGAUUGUCGACAAUCGCAAAGUAGCCUCUAAAGAUGAACCGCUGGAAAGCUUGACCGAUAUUCUCCUCAAAUACAGAGGAAAUGCCGGCGAUGAGUUCCAUUUAAGUGAUAAUGGCAUCAAAGCUGUGCUACAGGAUAUGUUCUUUGCUGGAAUUGAAACAUCCUCGACGACUACAGAUUGGGCUAUGGCAGAAAUGAUGAGACAUCCGAGUGUCCUUAAGAAGGCACAAGAUGAGGUGAGGCGAGUUUUCCACGACAAGGGAUUUGUAGAUGAGUCCGACUUCAAUGAGCUAAAGUACCUAAAGUUAGUGAUCAAAGAGACCUUCAGGGUUCAUCCUCCAGUGCCUCUACUGCUUCCCAGAGAAAAUUCCGAGGCCUGUGAGAUCAAUGGAUACACAAUACCUGCAAAAACAAGGGUGUUGGUGAAUGCAUGGGCCAUUGGAAGAGAUCCCAAAAUCUGGGAAGAUGCCGACAGCUUUAUACCAGAGAGAUUUCUCGAUAACAAUAUUUCAGCUGAUUACACAGGGAAGAAUUUCGAAUUCAUACCUUUUGGUGGUGGAAGAAGGAUUUGCCCUGGAUUAACAUUCGGCCUCGCAAAUGUCGAAUUUCCAUUAGCAAUGCUUCUCUACCACUUUGAUUGGGUUUUGCCACAGGGAAUGAAGCCUGAAGAUGUGGACAUGGCAGAAGAGUUUUGGCUUGCAGCAGGAAGAAGAAACCCACUUUAUGUGAUUCCUAAAUUGAAAAACCCUUUGGCUUCAAAGUAAAAUGGAGUCAUAUUGAAUCCAUGUUCGAGCCUAUUAAUAUCUCUUUGGGUGAGAGUUUUGAGUUGAAUAAUGUUAUUUAUCCGAAUGAAUAAUAUAUUCUUACUAUGUAGGAAAGUUCGAUUUA